AUGGCCUGUAGUAAAUAUGAAUAUGUCAAGAGUUAUGAACAAUCUAAUCGAGUUCUUAAUAACUCUUGGUUUGUAGUUAGAAUUGAUGGAUGUAGUUUUCAUGAAUUCACUAGGAGUCACAAUUAUGAUAAACCUAAUGACAAAAAUGGCUUAGAUUUGAUGAAUAGAGCUGCAGAAUCGGUAAUGAGAAAGAUCAGUGAUAUUAUUAUAGCUUAUGGCCAGUCAGAUGAAUAUAGUUUCGUUUUUAGAAGAAAAACUGAUUUGUGGGGACGUAGAUAUGAAAAGAUACUAACUUAUACUGUAUCGUUAUUCACUUCAAGCUUUGUAUAUUAUUGGGAUAACUUCUUCCCUAAAAUUCGAUUAACAUACCCUCCCACAUUUGAUGGUCGCAUUAUUAUAUAUCCAACUGACAAGGAUAUACGUGAUUAUUUAUCUUGGAGACAGGUUGAUUGUCAUAUCAAUAAUUUAUAUAAUACUUGUUUUUGGGCCCUGGUCAAGUUCAGAAAUAUCUCUGAAAAAGAAGCUACGGAACUUUUGAAACACUCCGUAUCUUCAGAUAAAAAUGAGCUUUUGUUCUCAGAAUUUAAUAUCAAUUAUAGCAAAAUCCCAAAACAAUUUCGUAAAGGAACUGUUUUGUAUCGACCUAGGCAAAAAACAAAAAAAACAAGCAGUGAAUACUUUAAUAUGAGAGAUAUUAGAGAUAAGGAAGUAAUGAUUGAUGAUACAAAAGACUCUAGUGAUGAGGACAUAACUCAUCCAAUAUGGAGCUGUAAAUAUGGAGAAAUUACAAUAAAUAAUAUCCUUAAAUGUCACCAGGAUAUAAUUCAAGAUGCAUUUUGGAUAGACAAUGAAUAUCUAUUGGCAUGA